AUGGCAUUCAGGAGGCAAGUGAAAAACUUCGUGAAAAACUACUCGGAUGCUGAAAUAAAAGUCAGGGAAGCAACUUCUAAUGAUCCUUGGGGUCCUUCUAGUUCUCUGAUGUUAGCUAUCAGUGACCUGACUUACAAUGUGAAUUCUCUCUCAGAGAUUAUGAAUAUGCUAUGGCAGAGACUAAAUGACCAUGGGAAGAACUGGCGCCAUGUGUAUAAAUCCCUUAUGCUGAUGGAUUAUCUCAUCAAGAAUGGAUCUAAGAAAGUUAUUCAGCUUUGCAGAGAGGGGUUCUGUAACCUUCAAAUGCUGAAAGAUUUUCAACACAUAGAUGAAGCUGGAAAAGACCAAGGUUAUUAUAUCCGGGAAAAGUCUAAGCAAGUCAUAACAUUGCUGAUGGAUGAGCAAUUGCUGCAUAAAGAGAGGGAAGUUGCAUGUCGGACUAGACGGCGUAGCUCCUACUGUAUGACAUUCUCUAAAAGAUUACCUCGUACAGGUAAUUCACCAACAGCCUGGACUUCUAUCCCCACACCAGAAACUCCUGCUUCACAGAAGAAGUGUAAGCUUCUUAAGGUUGCAAGGCUACAGAACACAGAGAGCACUCCCAAGGCAGGAUGGAAACAAGAGCAGUGGCAAGACAUUCCUCUGCCUGGCGAAGCGGUGCUGUCCCAGGAAACACUACCACUCAAGUUGAAUGCUUGGAAAUCAACAGAGGACCUGAUGUUAUUUUAUGAGGAUGAUCCAAAGCCACUUCUGCCGACAGUUGCUCCAGCCAUUGUCUCAUCACCUACAUGGUUGUCAGAAGGGCAAAAUGUCUGUUCCACGAGCGGAGCUGAUGCUGCACCUACUCCCUCAGAAAAAAACCCAUCUCUGCAGACAAAUGUGAGUUCAGGAAAGAAACCAGGCAGCACCAUUACGAAUACUAUAACAGAAAACCCUUCACAAAUGCCUCUAGAAGAGCAGUCAGCUGCAAAAAAAUGUGAAAUAUUAACAACUUCACCAGCGUUUUGGUCAUUGAGUAAAGAGGAGUCUAGUCAUCCAAAUUUAAGAGUAUCCAAGUCAGAUUCGACUUGCUGUAACCAGGCCUCUGUGGAGACCCUCUACGUCUCUCCCUCAUUCAAAAUGUUUGACCCAGUGAAGGAGACUGCAGUCGAUAAGGACUCUCAGAAACCAGACAGGCCCAGCAUCGUUCAGAGGGGUGAUGAAAACCUCAGGACCUUAGCAACAUGGGUUUCAACCACCUCUGAGGGAACAUCCUUUUCUACUCUGUCCAUGUCAUCUCCUGACUCAGCCUCUCCAGAAAAAUCUGCUCCUCUCUUACCCCCGAUUUUGGCUGGACCUUCCUAUUGGACUCUGUCCCAACAACAGUCUUCUUCUGCCUCCUUUAAAGAUAAAGAUAAAGACAAGACAGCCAGGGUUCAUCGCCCCUUUGUUCCUAGGGGCCCUAUGUCUUCUGAUGAAGAAACUGACAACUUCAAUCUCCUGGGAAUUCUUCCGGAUAACUCUGAUUCUGCCGAAAAGAAGAUAAGUCGUAUUUCCAGCAGUGAUUGGGUAGAGUUUUCCACCCAAAAUGUAGACCAUUUCCCCUCUAUGUCCUGUUCUAGUUUUCAGACAACCAAAGGCCUGCCUCGGGAGCCUGAAGGAAACAGUUCCAUUCAGGGUCUCCUGGGGGAGGUAAAAAAUGCAAUAGUCAAAUUACAUGAAGAUCUGAGUAUGGUGAUACAAGAACUUGGUGUCAUCAACAGCCAUCUGGUAAGCAUGAGUGUGAACAGCCCACAGCUCAGCACAACUUCACAGUGUCCCCAGUCUUCCGAGGGGAGCUCAGAUCAAAUCGAAUCGUCUGGUAGCCAUUUCUGA